AUGAAGAACCCUGAUUUACCGGAUGAUAUUCUUAGGAGAAUAAUUGAAACGGUUGCGGCUGAUGACUAUGCGCGCCUCGGAGGAUUCAUCCGCGCAGGAAAGGGAACAAACGAGAUGGUUUUCUCCAAGAAAGUUCUCUCAACCGUCAACGUAUUUCCAAUGUUCUGGAAGAACUACAGGGACUUCGAACCCAGAGGAAGAUGCCGGAUAUUCUGGGAAAAGAGUCUUGCUCAGCUUAAUCUCGAAGUUGUGUAUUUCGAACGGUUGCGUAUAGCGAUUCACGAUGGCGAGGUAUACGGCGCUACUUACCUCUUAGAAGCUAUAAUCCCGUCGGAUCCGAGAGCUACUCUUGCGGCUGCAAUGCUUUGCGUCUGCUUAGGGGAGACUGCACAAGCGAGUCAAUUGUUCCGGGAGUUCACCUCACAUUAUGCACCUCUCCACUCAGAAUAUGCGAGGCUUAUCGGAGACGCCGUCAAGGAGGACAUUUUCUGGUUUAACCCUCCAUACGGCAGCUCACUGGAGUAUAGCUUCCUCUACCCAGACGACGAGUUCGUUCAGAAGCCGGAAUGCGUGUCAGAGGAUUGCGGCUACGGAGAGAGGUACUGCAACAUGUGCUACAUUCACUGGUGUUCGAAGUUGAUAUGCGGAAUGCUUCCGUGA